CACCGAGACAGAACAGUUGCAAAGAAAACAUGGUCGCCGUGGGUCUGUCAAACGGAGAGGGUUUUUUUUCUGUUAAUGAAAACUAAAGAACUCGUCGCAUGAAAUUUGUAGCAGAGCUUCAGCCACCAUCGCAAAUAUCGGCGAUCCCGUGCUACGAGUGCCGUGAAAAGGUUCGUGGCGGUUCUUCCUAACCCGGCCCCGGAAAGGGGACAUGAGCCAGCAGCAGCGGCGGUAGACACAGAACGCGGUAGACGGUGUGUGAGAAAAGAAAAAAGACGUGGAAAGGUUCUCUGGCCUGAAGGCAGAGCGUAAUUGAGUGCAGUGAAAAGCGGACACCAGCGGCAGUGGUGACCGAAAGCUGUGGCCCCUUUGUAUCUGGCUCGCUGGCUCGCCGUUCCGACGUGCACCGAAGGCAGAGGCCCGCCCGUUCGCUGGCUUCGAUUGGGAGAGUUGGAAAAAGGGAAACCCUAUGUUCGCAUAUCAGCUUGUGGAUCAAGUUGGCGAAAAAUUUUCACCCAAUCAGAGCAACGGAAUUUAAAACGGAUUACUCUCACGACUGACGCACAAAACAUGUAUCGGAUUAUGAUAAGGCACAGCAUCCGACGUGAUCGUACUGCGACGCUGACAAGGGCGUCAUGAGAUGAUAUUUCGAUUCGUGACAGAUUUCAGGUGCUACCCGGUAGUGUUUUCCUUCUUGUGAAUCCGCACGAAACGGUGCGCGGCUUUUAGCGACAUUCUGCAUAAAAAAGAAUCAACAACAAUACAUACCUGGUGGAUAGUGAUCGGUUGCGGUGGAUAGGAUCAAUCAAUCAAAUCGAAGCAUUCGUUACCAUCCAGGGCAGCGGAAAAAUUCUGUAUGCUUCCUUGUGCUCCUGAUGUGAACCACUGAGCUCACUGUGUGUUUGUAUUGGGAGUGCGUGUGUCUCGUACUGGUCUCGAUCGGUGAGAAGGAUCACUAAAGGACGGAAGCAGUGACACAAAGUGAAAUAGAAGUGCACAGAAGUGGUUAAGAAGUGAUCUUGAAAAAUUAAGCACAGCUCACGACCAGUAACGCUGAAAAGAGUUUAAGAUUUUUUAAGGCAUUCUGGCACGGGUGGAUCACACCGACAACUACUGGACAAAAUGAGUCGUGUCUCAACACAGAAAAAGGAAGGCAAAAUGAGGAUCCGUGCCUUUCCGAUGACAAUGGACGAGAAGUAUGUGGAGUCGAUUUGGUCGCUGCUGAAGAGCGCCAUUCAGGAGAUCCAGAAAAAGAACAACUCGGGCCUUUCGUUUGAGGAGCUGUACAGGAAUGCGUACACGAUGGUGCUGCACAAGCACGGCGAGCGGUUGUACAGCGGGCUGAAGGAGGUCGUCACACACCAUCUGGAGUCGAAGGUGCGCGAGGAGGUACUGCGAAGCUUCAACUGCAACUUUCUGCAGACGCUGAACCAGUGCUGGAACGAUCACCAGACAUCGAUGGUGAUGAUUCGCGACAUACUGAUGUACAUGGACCGCGUUUACGUGCAGCAGAACGAUGUGGACAACGUGUACAAUCUAGGGUUGAACAUCUUCCGUGAUCAGGUUGUACGCUAUCCACGCAUUCGGGAUCAUAUGCGCGAGACCCUGCUGAACAUGGUCAUGUGCGAGCGCAAAGGGGAAGCGAUCGAUCAUAUUGCGAUCAAGAACGCGUGCCAGAUGCUGAUGGUGCUCGGCAUCAACCAGCGCUGGGUGUACGAGGAAGACUUCGAGCGACCGUUCCUGACGCAGUCGGCCGCCUUCUACAAGCUCGAGUCGCAAAAGUUCCUCGCGGAAAACAGUGCGAGCGUGUACAUUCGGCGCGUCGAGGCCCGCAUUACGGAGGAAGCCGAGCGGGCCAAGCUGUACCUGGACGAGAGCACCGAGAGCCGCAUCGUGGAGGUGGUGGAGGACGAGCUGAUCAAGAAGCAUAUGCGCACGAUCGUCGAGAUGGAAAAUUCGGGCGUGGUGUACAUGCUGCAAAACACCAAAACGGAAGACUUGGCCUGCAUGCACAAGCUGUUCUCGCGCGUGAGCGGUGGCCUUAAGACGAUCGCCGACUGCGUGUCACAGAAUCUGCGCUCGCUGGGGCGAGAUUUGGUGAAGGAGGAGGAAAAUGGCAGCACGAACCCGAUCACGUUCGUGCAGAACCUGCUGGACUUGAAGGACCGAUCCGACCACUUCCUGUACCACUCGUUCAACAAUGACAAGACGUUCAAGAACAUGAUAUCGUCCGACUUUGAGCACUUCCUCAAUCUCAACAGCAAAUCGCCCGAGUAUCUGUCGCUGUUUAUCGACGACAAGCUGAAGAAGGGCUGCAAAGGGAUGUCCGAGCAGGAGAUUGAAACCAUACUUGACAAAACGAUGGUAUUGUUCAGAUAUUUGCAAGAGAAGGAUGUGUUCGAGCGGUACUACAAGGCGCAUCUGGCGAAGCGGCUGCUGCUGAACAAAUCCGUCAGCGAUGAUUCCGAGAAGAACAUGAUAUCAAAAUUAAAGACUGAAUGCGGUUGUCAAUUUACCUCAAAAUUGGAAGGAAUGUUUAAGGAUAUGUCCGUCUCGAACACGGUAAUGGAGGAGUUUAAGAAUCACAUCAACAACGACAAUUCGGCACUGGAAGGCGUGGAGCUGACGGUGCGAAUUCUGACCACAGGAUUCUGGCCCACUCAGUCUGUAACGCCCAACUGCAACAUCCCGGCAGCACCGCGGAAGGCCUUUGAAACGUUUAAACGAUUCUAUCUGGCCAAACAUUCAGGUCGCCAGCUGACAUUGCAGCCCCAGCUAGGUACGGUGUACAUGAAUGCCGAAUUCUACGGCGUCAAGGCCGAAAAGGAGAAGGCAGAAGGAAACUGCAGCAGCACAGCACCGACGUCCGGCAGCAGUAGUAGUGCGCCGGCUGCCGGAGCUGCAUCGCUCGAUGCUCCCAAACGACAUGUGCUUCAAUUAUCGACGUAUCAGAUGUGCGUGUUGAUGCUGUUCAACAAUCGCGAACGAAUGACGUACGAAGACAUCCAGCAGGAGACGGACAUCCCGAGCAAAGAUCUGAUCCGCGCCCUCCAGUCGCUGUCGAUGGGCAAACAGCAGCAGCGGCUGCUCGUGCGGACACCGAAAACGUCCAAGGACAUCGUCUCGACGGACGAGUUCUACGUGAACGAUGCGUUUGUGUCGAAAUUUCACAAAGUUAAAAUUCAAACUGUCGCGGCCAAGGGCGAAUCCGAACCGGAGCGUAAGGAAACGCGAAGCAAGGUUGACGAAGACCGUAAGCACGAAAUCGAAGCUGCUAUCGUGCGCAUCAUGAAGGCGCGAAAGCGAAUGCCUCACAAUCUUCUCGUAUCGGACGUGACGACGCAGCUGAAGAGCCGAUUCCUGCCGUCGCCGGUGAUUAUUAAGAAAAGAAUAGAGGGUUUAAUCGAGCGUGAAUAUCUUGCCCGCACGCCCGAGGAUAGGAAAAUCUAUGUGUAUCUAGCUUAAAACAGCGGAAGACAAAUUAAAUUGUCGAAUCCACGAGAGAUAGAGCGAUAGAAUGGGUAUAUAUAUAUAUUAUGUAUGUUUGCAAAGGCGCACUGGCGGUGAAAGACAGCGCCAAAGCAGCAGCAGCAGCAGCAGCACAGCGAAACCCGCAGGUAUAGAGCACUGCAUACUAUAGCGUGCGCGUUCGAUAUUCGAUCAUGUGAAAGGCACAGCAAUACGACGGACGACGGUAGAAAGGUUGAGAGUUGGGGCUCACGCUACUUGCAUCAAUCCUUCCCGUGUAGCAAUCAGAAGACAGGCGGACAGAUCAGAUAAAGAACAACGGAAACGUGUCCUUUUCUUUUGCUACUGGCAGAACCAUCGAACAAUUAAUUAAUUUGUUUUCCACCUGUGCUAUCUAUCGCAAAUUGCAGGGUUUUCCAUGUUUCAAACAAGCGUCCACAUGAUCGAAACAAUGUGCGGCAUCAGAUCAGAGUGUCGUGCAUUGUUUUAAACAUGUUGACGCUCGUUCGACGACCUUGGCAAAUCAAUCCUUUGGCAAACGCUCUCAGUUUCUAUCACCGGUUGUUGAUGAAUGUGUUGGAAGUGUGUUUGCGAGAUUGAGCUUUGUUUAAAUGCUGGGGAAGGAUGGACUGUUCUAACGAACAUCUCUAUUCCUUUUGGAUAGUGUGUGUGCAUUAGGCCAUACAGGACUCCUUUGUGAUUGUGUGCGUGUGUGUGCGUUUUUUUUUUCGUGGGAAAACGAAGCCUUUCUGUGUAGUACAGUCUCGAAGGUGUUGUGUCAGACAGCCAGGUUAAGACACCGUCCGCAAGUGCAAGAGGUUCGUAUCUGAUCCGGACCCGAUGCUUGCGAAGAACAUGUUUAUUAUCCUUGCGUGUAGCGAUGGUUACGUACAGUAAUAAGCCGAAAGGCCCGGUAAGCCGCCAAGCCGAUGUGUGGUUGCAAAUAUUAUAUAUAAUUUUCAAUCUUACCUCCUCCUUGUUCCUGUUCAUUGCGGGAUUUUGCGUGAUUAGCUUUUAUACACUUACCAUCCUUGCAGACGUCUAUUUAUGAACAAAACGGUCGAUAGUUUAUUGUUUCCCCCUUUUCUUUUAGUUUUUGCUCAAUAAGUAGUAAAUUCUGUUACUCUUGUGCCGUAUCGCAAAUUUCGAACAUCAAUAAUUUUGCCACUCUUCCACCCGCUUCCAUGCGUUUACAGUAGGAAAAUAAAUUGCUUCCUUUCUAGCAAACCGUUCAAUGGAAAUGGGCUGUGCGCCACAGCUUUAUCCCACAAACAUGCUACCUUUCCCAAGGAUUUAGAUUCACCUCAUUUAGACGUACUUUUUUUUUGUAAUAAUCGAAUGCGUUGCUGAACUACUCUCACCAAUCAGCUUCCUUUACAUUGCGUUAGCUGAUUUGCCGAGUCUGGCGUUGUGUGUACGCAUUACUAUUGUGUAGCGAAUCUUCGGAACGAAACCCACCACCAUGAAUUGCGUUCCGUGCUUUAGGUUUCGUUUUUGAUUUGUUUGUGUUAAGUUUUGUAAAACGUAGCGAGAGGAGCAGAGGAGAACUUUAUACAUAGACUUAGAAAUCCUUUAGCGAGAAAUACUAUCAAAUUAUCGUUUUACUAUCGUAUCGCUCCUGCACGCUGAUUGUGGAACGAUUGUGGAGAGAGAGAUUAGUGAGGCGAAAAAACAAAUGGAAGACUAAAUCGCAACUUCAUGCCGAUAAGAAUCAUCGUGAAGGUGUGUCUGCCUGUGCAUAAGAGCAUUAAGGGUUAAGUAGUGCAGUUGAAAAUGGUUUUUUAAAGAAAAGAUCUUUUACGUGUUGAUAUUUUCCGCCAGCGUCUUAUGUUUUGAAUCGUACACUACUCCUCUCCAUCGACCUCCAUCGAUCCUUCACCACCGCGCGCCGUUCACUCUGCUCUACGCGUGGAGUUUUAGGCAAUGAGGUCAAUCUGGUUUCGCCUGUGGGGCAAACGCAGCAAACAACAAGACCGGAGUACCCCUUUUGAGCAGUAAGCUGUGUGAGCUGCGUAAGUUUGGGCUGUCCGUCUUCGUCGGCAUGGAAAAGUCUUUUCGGCCCAACGCGCUGUUCAAAUGUUGACAUGCUCGAGCUGAUUAGUGUGUGCUAAACACUGCUAAACCCUAACUAAAACGCUAUGUAAUGUAUUUGAAAACGGAAUAAUUAAAUAACUUAUACUUAAGAAGAUGGUACACACGAGCAGUAAUGGCGAGUACAGCGACAGUGGGUGCAGACGUUUGCGAUUGAUUAGUGUUUGAACGAACGAGAGAUAGAGAGAAAGUGUGAGAGAGUAAAAGAGAAGAUCACUCAACGGAAUGUUGUUACAUGGCAUAGUUCUGCUACCCAUUUGAUCAUCUUCAGCUGCUGUGUGCAGGAGAUAGAAUCCGAAGAAUGGAGAAGCAAAACAA